GAGAGAGCCCACAUUGCCGAGAGAGUCUUGAAAGACAACAUGUCAGUGAGCAAAGACGCCGGCAACGACGACGAGGCUCCACCCUCAUACGGCGAGGCCUCUCGCUUCGGUCAACUCGGCCACUCUGACAUCACGCUCACGACUGCGGCCUCUGACGCCCACGAGCGCCUUGCGCGAGUGAUCGACGAGGCGCGCAGCAAGCCAAAACCUGUUGAACCUGCCUCGGUCGCGGUCUCCAUCGGCAACGUGGCAGACGCACGGACCGCAGCCGCAGUGCCGGCUGUGCCGUUGCAGGCGCAUAUCCACGAGCGCCGCAGUCGCAACAGAGCCUCCGCUUGCUGCACUCUCUUCGUCCUCAUGGCCAGUGCCGCCUGCGGAGUUUGCCUCUGGUAUGGAUUUCGAGUGCCACCGGAGCCGUCUAGGGCUCCGUCCGCACCGCCACCGAGCCCAGCACCCUCGCCGCCCUCGCCACCGUCACCGCCGUCACCACCGGCAUUGCCACCCCUGGACGUGGGCCGCCUUUCCUGUGACUCUGAGGUGUCGGGCAGCACUGUCGGGGAGCCGAGCUUGGGCGGCGAGCCCGCCGGCGACGCCUCCUUUCUCUUCUGCGUGACGAUCCCUGGCCGAUUCACCUUUGACUCGUGUGGCUCCGACUAUGACACGUGGCUGCGCGUCUGGACGCUGGAGGACGCCGACGAGGUGGCAGAGUGCGACGAUUGCGGUCAAUGCGAACUCCGUUCGGUGCUGAGCACCACCUUGGUGGUGGGCUGCUACCUGCUCGUCGUUGACGGCUACCUUACCAACGAGGGAGCCUUUUCCGUCUCCGUUGGCUGCAGUGGCGGCGGGAAGCUCGCAAAGUAGGGAACGCGGGCGAAGCGUGUGAGGGAAGCCGUUGGGCUUUCUUGUGUCGACUCUACAGAUUGAGAUCCAAGAGGGGAGGUGGAGGACCGGAGGACCGCUAACACCACACACAUCCUUCCGGAAAAUCCCUGUGAGCUGUGUGGUGCGGCGUGCGAGUCGUUUCUCCCAUUCCGUUUUGAAAGCUGUCUUACUUU